CCAAUUUCCUUACUCGCAUUGGCGAUCACGUCCAGGGGGGCCACUUGAUUCAGGCCAAAGAGAGGGAGAAGAGGCAAAAGCAAGACUCGAGGUCUCACUCAGCCCCUGCUCUUUCUUCUCUUUCCUUCCUUUCUUUUUUUUUUUUAAUUUUUUUUUUCUUUUCCUGGCUAGUAGGGGAGACUGGCCAUUCAUCCCGGGCUUCACACCAAUCCGCCAGACCCCAACAGAGCCCUAGGACCUCGCGACGCUUGCCAUCAGCCAACGACUCGCCAACAAACAUCUGUCGAUUCUCAAUUCGGCAUCCGUCGAAUCGGCCUGACCCUCUGAUCUCCAGUCUCUGGCCCACUCCGGACCCGGGUUUCGCGCCAGCCUUAAAAGCCCAGCCGUCCACUUCCCCCUUCCUCUCUGCCGCACGCCGAUUCCCAGCACUCUGGAACUUCACCUCCAACUUUCAACUUUUUCGUACUUUGGAUAUACUCUUAUUCCCAUCUGUCGGUACCAGUCACUCGCUAAAAUUCUCUCAAUUGAGCUGCCCACGACUUCAAAAUAAAACAUCAUAUCUGCUACUUGGCUCGCAUUCCCGCUUCUUCCUUGUUAGCCACUGCUUCCUAUUCUUUACGGACUGGUGGCAAGGGUAGCCGAGGUGACUGGAGCCGAGAUUUUCAGACCUCUUUCAAGGAUCCUCAGCAGACUCAGGUUUACGGCUGCUUGAGAUUAUUAAAGGCAAAAGUUGAAUCGUCGCUUAUCCUAACUCUCGGCAUCUGAGUGGCGCACCCUUGUACAACGUACGAUUCUAUCUGUGCCACCUCCUUGGGUUUCAACCCGCGAAAUAUCUCCGUUUAAUCUGAUAAUAUUCACAUUGGUUGAUUUGUCACGUCUACCUACCUGUAAUUACUAACAGCCAUUUAUUUCCUGGAUCCUUUUUUCCGUGCCAUCUGCUUGGACAGCUCUUUGGACCUCCCAUACUUCCUCAAAGGCCUUCACAAGCUCCUAUAGGACUCGCCAUACUCGCCAUGUCGUCUCGUAACGCUCCAAGCGGGUGCGUUGCGCCCUCCCCAGCCACUGCUGCUCCGCCUUCGCCCACGAAUCUGCGACUAACUGUUGGGCAAUCGGGCAGUGAGUCAGCCAAUGAACCAGGUGGUGAACCAGAGGAACGAAUUCUCCAGGACGGAUUUUGGGAAUACGGCCGAUUCUAUGGCAACUGGAAGAAAGGGAAAUACAAUUUUCCAAUUGAUAAGGAGGAGACAAGUAGGCUGGAUAUUCUCCACAAAUACUUUAUCGUAGAAACAGAAGAUCGCGUUACUUCUGUUCCCCUGGAUAAAGAAGGGUCACCCAAAAUCAUGGAUCUCGGUACGGGCACAGGUAUCUGGGCGUUCCAUGUUGUGGAAGGAUAUAUUCCGAAUGCCCAGAUUAUGGCCGUUGAUCUCAAUCAAAUUCAGCCAGCUCUCAUUCCUCGAGGGGUAACUACAAAGCAAUUUGACCUUGAGGAGCCUUCAUGGGAACCGCUCCUCCGCGACUGUGACUUGAUUCAUCUUCGGCUGCUCUACGGUAGUAUUAGAGACGACCUGUGGGCCGAUACUUACCGCAAAAUUUUCGAGCACUUGGCCCCUGGAGGCUACGUCGAGCAUCUGGAAAUAGACUGGACACCGCAAUGGGAUGGCGAGGACCAUCCUACGCAUUCGGCUAUUCGUGAAUGGUCCCAGCAAUUUCACCGCGCUAUGCAUCGAUACCGCCGCAGCGUCAAAGUAUCAUCCGAAGACACCAAGCGCAUGAUGGAAGCAGCUGGCUUCACUGAGUUCAAAGAGACCAAGAUCCGAUGCUAUUUGAACCCGUGGUCUACUGAUCGCCACCAGCGAGAGGCCGCUCGUUGGUUCAAUCUAGCCUUGGGCCUGGGUCUUGAGGCAAUGAGCUUGAUGCCCAUGAUUGACAUGCUGCAUAUGAAGCAAGAGGAUGUUGUGGAUCUCUGUAAACGAGUCAAAGCCGAAACUUGCGUUCUGCGCUACCACGCUUACUUUACUCUACACACCUGGACGGCCAAGAAACCCGCUAGCCCGCCCCAAUAAGGCGAUUGGGUGUCCAGUGUCUUCGUUACUAUUUAUGACCUUUAGGCGUUUGCGUUCAUAAUUCCUAAGAUACUGGCUGUAACAUUGACCAAAGUCACUGAUCAUACGAGGGUAAAGCAAAUUUACGGUUCCUCGUGGAUCAUGUUAAUGGUGCUCGACAUCAAAACCCUCGGUCUCUUAAGGCGAUUGCGAUCCGAUGCUCACAUAUUUGGCUGAGCUGAUAGCCCGAGUAUGGUUAAUAACUGACACUAUAAACGGCUUUGCAUGAAGCAAGGAAAAUCCAAGGACCAGAUUCCAUGGCAGCUUCGUCUUCCAGUGUCAAUAGAUGAGAUUAUUUACCGGGUACCGCGGCUUUGAGAGCAUGAUCCAUGUUUAUGAUAGAGUGUUAAGUGCAAUUUAGCGUUUGGGGGUAACAAUAUAGAAUUGAGAAAGAAUCAUUCUUUCCGCUUAC